UACUCAGUGAAAUUUCAGAGUUAUGUAUACUCACUUUGAAGUCGCAGAUCACUAAAACCUACUCCAAUUUUACCAAUCAAUGGCUGCUGCCGUAUGGAACCGAGCUCGCGUUGCUUCCUCAUCUUCUCUCCACUACUACAGACUUCUAGAACCUUCGUCUUGCUCUCGCUCGUCCCUCAUCAAUUUGUUCCGCAAUUUUUCCACCGAUGUAGCUGAUACUCCCUCAUUUAAAGAGAAUAUGAUGAAGCAAAUGGCUCAUCUCGACAUCAAUUCGCAAGUAGGGACUUGUAUGCGCCUUGGUUCCAUGCGUAUCGGAACAUUAAUCCAUAACAUUGAGAUGAACCCGGGCCAAGGCGGUAAACUAGUUAGAGCUGCAGGAACUUUUGCUAAGAUUAUGAAGGAGCCGACGGAGAAGACCUGUUUGGUGAAGCUGCCCUCUGGCGUUGAAAAAUUGAUUGAUUCGCAGUGUCGUGCAACCAUAGGUAAGGUGUCUAAUGCUAGUCAUAAUACUCGGAAGCUUAGGAAGGCUGGUCAUAGCCGAUGGUUGGGUCGAAGACCUGUUGUUCGAGGAGUGGCUAUGAAUCCUGUAGAUCAUCCUCACGGUGGAGGUGAGGGUAGGAGUAAAAGUAGUGGGUCCUUUGGAAGGGUGUCGCAAACACCUUGGGGUAAGCCAACUAAAUGUGGUAGGAAUCAACAAAAGAAGAGGGAGGGUAAGUUUGGUUUGCUGCUGCCGCAGAAAUCGAAGGAUAAGUCAAUUAAACGUCUGCGGUGGCAAGAACAAGAAAGUGCACGUGGCAAAUCGAAAUGAUCUUUCUCUUUGGUGCCUGUUUUUGGCAUGCCAUGAAUUCUCGUCAAGGAUGUAUUCAUGGGCUGGUGUACUAUUCACAUCUAAGGUGAACUGUUUUUUGGAGUUAAAUCUAAACUAUUUCGUUAGUUCAAUUUUCACCAACUGAAAUCUUCCCUAUCAUUCAUCUAAGAAUACAAACUCUCUCAUUUAUGUGCUUUGUUUGCUAUUGUUUUGCAUUUUGAGUUUUUGAACUCAGUUUUAUUUAUUACAUUAGGCUUCGAUGUUA